CCUAUCAACACUUUUUUGCGAGAUGUAAGCGGCCCUAUCGAGGUCACGGGGUCAAUCGGCAAUAAAAUCGGAUUUAUAAACAAUAUGGCGCGCCACAGAUGUCGAUUUGUUUUUUCACGCCUUUUAAUGAUACAGAAGUUUUAUAUAUAGUAUUUAUUUAUUACAUGUUUUACAAUGGAUCCUGGUGACCGUAAUAUCUCUUUAGAAACUUUUAAUUCGUGGAAAGUGGAAGCAUUGAAGGACUUUUUAAACAAGAGAGGCCUGUCCACCGAUGGAACAAAAGUUGAAUUAGCUGCUUUGUGCUUUGCCGCCAAUGCCAUGAAUUUGCCUUUGAAAGCUACAGACUGUGAGUAUGUUGGCCAGCUUCAGAAAGAUUAUAAUGACUUGCUGUGUGUAGAUGGGAAAGUUUUACCUGAUCCUUUGAAAAUGGGAAGUGGUUGGCAUGACGAGAAGAGUGGAAUGUCUCAGUGGCCCCCUUUAUUUGUAUCGGACAUCGUUAACUUUCUUAUAGACAGAGGUGCCAGUACCACAGUAAAAUCAUACAUGAAUGAUUAUAAAGUUGGGAAGGCUUUUGAAUAUUGUGAAGCAAAUUUUAUUAAAGAAAUAUUUUUCCAUCCCAUUUCUUCUACUUCUCCUGUAUGCUUCCUGAAGGCUAAGUGUACACCCAGUCAAAGGCUUAAAGAUGAAAAUCAUACCAUUUGGGUUGCAAUUUCGAAGGAAUUCGGCUGUGUAAAGUCUGCCUUUUGCUCCUGUGCUGCUGGAAUGGGUCAGACGUGCAACCAUGUAGCAGCCCUAAUGUUUCGAGUUGAGUCAGCGAAUAGACUAGGCAUUACAUCAUGCACAUCUCUACCAUGCCAAUGGAAAGUUCCAACAGCAACCAAGGUGGUGCCAAGCAAGAUAAAAGACUUGGCCAUCAGAAAGUCUAGAUAUGGACAAGAAAAAACCAGACCAUUAGUUUCCAAGCAGAAAAACCAGUAUAAGCCACUGGAGUCUAUAAAUGUAGACAGAGAUAUAUUCCUUGAAAAACUGAGGAUUGCAGUGCCAAAUGCCUGUUUACUGAAAGGUACAGAUGUACCCAAAGAACUGCCCCAGAAUAAUGGAAAAAAUUCUGAUGAACCUGAUGCUAUAGAAGGUUACUAUCUUGACACCAUAAGUAAAGAUUAUCUGACAGUAGAAUACUUCAUUGACCAUCAACCAACUCUAACGGAAAAGGAAGUGACAUUUCUGCAAGAAAAGACUAUAGGUCAGAGUAGUAACACUUUUUGGCACAAUCUGAGAAAAGGCAGGAUUACUGCAUCAAAAUAUUAUUCUAUACAUACACGCAUGAAUUCAUUCAGGAAAAACCCAGAGGUGGACACGAGUUCAGUUGUAUCAAUGGUCAUGGGAGAUACAACUCCAAAUUCAAACAUCAAGGCAUUGAAGUUUGGCAGAGAAUCUGAGCCAAUGGCAAAGUCGAUCUACUGUAAUGUAUACAAAGAUCAACAUAUUAAUGCCACAUUUAAGGACUGUGGGAUUUUUUUACAUCCCGGUCUCUCUUUUUUAGCUGCCAGUCCCGAUAUGCUGGUAUCGUGUGACUGUUGUGGAGAAGGGCUAUUAGAGGUGAAGUCAACCUUAAAACCAAAAUGUAGUUCAUGUUCUUCAUUUUGUACUUGUAAUUUGCCAGAUUAUCUUUUAGCAGCUGCUACUGAUGGUGAAUUAGAGAUUAAGAAAAAUCAUAGAUAUUUUUGUCAAGUUCAAGGGCAAAUGGCCAUUACUAAGCGAAUGUGGUGUGACUUUUUUGUUUAUUCUUGUAAUGGCACAUUCAACAAAAGAAUCAAUUUUGAGGAAGAGUAUUAUGCAGAUGUACAGGUUAAUUUGAUUGAUUUUUUUAAAACAUUCAUUGCCCCAAAAUUUAUGGAAAAGCAAGAUAUGCUUGCUACACCAAUGGAAGUUGAAAGCAGUGGAGAUACUUAUUUUUGUUUGAUAUGUAAAAAUCAGAUUCAUGAACAAGAAAAUGUAAAAUCCUUUGGGCAGCGUAGUAUUUGUUGUGAUAUAUGUAAUAACUGGUAUCAUUUUAAAUGUGUUGGCAUGUCAAAGUCAGUUUUGAGUAGCACUUCCACAUGGCUGUGUCAAACUUGUAAAACAAAUGAUAUUUGAACUAUUGAAGUUGUAACAUAGCUGUUUUGUAUUUCAUGUAUGUGCCUGUACAUGUGAAACUCAUGAACAAUAUGUAAUAUCCUUUGGGCAGCAUAGUGUCAUUUAAAAUGUGUAUGUAAUGCAAAGUCAAGUUUUGAAGAGCACUUCCACUUGCCUUUGAAAAACUGAUAUUUGAAGAACAUUGAAGUUGUAACAUACUAAAUGUACAUAUAUAGGUAUUUCACAUAUUGUGUGUUUACUACCCGGUACAUAUGUUUAAGAAAAUGUUGUUUAUUUUCAAGCACAGAUUUAAAAAUACCAUUUUGCAAGACUAGAGGCUUUUGAAGUAUUUAUUAAGAACUGUAACAGAGAAAAUGCUUAAGAACUGUAACAGAGAAAAUGCUUUCAUUAUUAGUGUAAAAAUUAUGAACUUGUAUGAAAUUAUGAACUUGACCAUGAUCAAUGAAACAUUAAUCAAGAUUAUGUACCUUUUUAAGGAAGUCCUUUUAUAAAGGAAAGACUUCAAAAAAUUAACAUGCUCAUGUACAUGUAUGUGACAGUUGUGACUGCAGUAAGUACACGUUUUUUAACUACAGGAAGUACACAUUUGUGAAUUAGAUAAUUUGAUGUAUUCUUAUUAUUGUUCAUUGUUUUGUUGUUAUCAUAACUACCGCUAUAUGUCGGUGAACC